UUGCGAGCGUAUGAUAUAACGCAUCCUUAGAAGAAAAUGGGUGCGCUUUUAGGUUAGCGUGUGAGAGGCGUUAGUGACGUUCAUGUCAUUUCGGCUCGUUCAGCUUCGUUAAUCGUUGAACUGAUUUUUCAACAUGACAUAUUUAAAUCAGCCAGAUUAUGUGCGUUACGUAUGCAAUUGCGGUUCGUUGAAACCGAUAUCAAAGAUAUAUUUCUGUCGACACUGCCUAAAGAUACGAUGUGGUUAUUGCGUUUGUCAAGAGGUGGACUCUCAUUACUGCCCUAAUUGUAUGGAAAACUUACCCUCUUCAGAAGUACGCCUUAAAAAGAACAAAUGUUCUAAUUGCUUUGACUGUCCUUGUUGUUUUCAAACAUUAUCUACAAGAGCAGGUCUAGCACCUGUAAGAACAGCAACAGCAUUAGAAGCAGAAGAGAGCAAGGAUAUCAAGGCUACGCCUAAGAAGGUAUAUUAUCUUUUCUGUUCAUUGUGUCGGUGGAGUUCUCGUGAUGCAGGCAUACCUGAUCAGUCUGUAGCAACCGGAGGCUGGCCUGAGCAAGAAAACCCACAUAUGACGCGAAUCAAUGCACUCAUUGAUUAUCAUAAAAUAUUAGCAUCUAUAGAGAAACAACAGUGUGAGAGAAAGAAGUUUCGCCCGAAACGCUCUUUUAUGCCGGCUACAAUGAUGUGUUUCACAUCUGCGCUGAUUCGCAAACGAAUCGGGCACCCCAUAAAACCACCGACACAGUCUCACUCAACCGCUCAGCCGAUGCCGUCCGUCUCGAGCGAGGAAGUGGAGGAGUUGCCGAGCGACAUAUUUACGGAAUCCGUGGAUAUAACUAAACUCACCACAUUGGAACAGCGUUUGCAACAUCCGGACGUGCAGGCUGAAAGGAUAAACGAAUUACGUCCCCAGCAUAGGCAGUUUUUAGUCAAGAGGUCGCAGCGUUGUCGAGUAUGCGAGCAUAACGUCAGCAAAUCGGAUCUUUGCCCGCAAUCUACAAAAUUCAAGAUUUUAUUAGCCGCGCUUUAUCAUAUCCCGGAAGUAAAGAUUGUUACUUGCGAACCUCUGCGACCGGGUAAAGCGAGCGAACUGCUGCUAAAGUUCUGCAAUCCGACGCAGCAUCAGACGCAGAUAACUAUAUUGCCGUUGGACACCUCGUUAUCUACGUCGCUCGUUGAAGAAAAGGAGGAUGUAAAACAAGAGAGCACGCAACAAGGAUGCGAGUCUCCAAAUCUAUUGCCGUCUACUGUACGGCAAGUGUCCGUGAUGGAGGACCCUAAGCCGAUAAAAAUUGCACCAAAUGCGAGUUUAGUGUUGCCUCAUAGCCCAUUGAUCUUACCGCCAAGGGAUGACGCUGCCGAAUAUGACGACACAAGUGACAACCACAAUUUUCAGGACGAUCCAAAACUCGUAGUCUGGCGGAAGGGAAACAAAGCCGUGAUACGUUUACAUGUAACUCCGCAUGAAAAUAAUGAGAAGGAAGAACCAGUGAUAGUUGGAUUUGUCAUGCAACAUGGAUACGUGAACACUAUCGCCACGCUCGAGCAUAAACCAGCGCAGAAAGUAGAUGUGAAAGUCAAGUUGUAUCUUACCGUUGGCCAGUUAGUCGGUCAGACAUAAUUAUUUGCAAUUUCAUUACAAUAUAAAUAUAACAAUACAAGAACAUAUUAUAUAUAAUAUAUGAGAACACUGAUCAUGUAAUUGUAGUAGCUUUACUACACGGAUGCUUUGUAUAUAUUUUUGCCACAACGGCUGCUUACGUUAUAUUAUGGAAGCCUAAAAUAUUUAUACUUUGCUCUAUUGUUAUUAUUGCACAUUUUUUGGUAAUUUGUCAAUUUCGAGACGAACUUAUUUAUAAUUAUCUAUAACGCAACUUUAUAACAAUCAAGUAUGAAACUACUCCUAGAUACUGUAACGAUAGUAAUAAAGUAUAUAAGCGAAAUGUA